AUGCUGUCUCCAACGUCGUUUACUCUCUUCUGCGUUUUACUUCUCUGUCUUCCAGUUGCCUUCAUCUUCACCGUCCAACGAGAAUUCACCGCCGUAGUCUCGCCGGAGUUCGGCUUCGGCUCUCUGUCCCUCUUCUCUCUCUACUCACGAAAUGCACACGACGCUUCUUCUCCCGUGGUUCGAUUCCGACAGCCGAUUCCCAAGGACGACGAACAGCUUCUCGCACUCGCUUCCCGGGUCAACCCGAACCAGCCUUCUCCCGGGUCGAUCCGGAAGCUUGCUUUCAUGUUCCUAACGACGUCGCCUCUUCCUUUCGCGCCAUUAUGGGAAACGUUCUUCAACGGAAGCAGCAGCAAGGAGCUAUACAACGUCUACGUCCACGCGGAUCCGACCCGUGAUUACGACCCGCCCUUCUCCGGCGUGUUCGAGAGUCGAGUCGUUCACUCGAAGCACUCGGAACGGAACACACCCACUCUCGCCGCGGCAGCGCGUCGGCUAAUAGCUCACGCGCUUCUCGACGAUCCGCAGAACUACAUGUUCGCUCUCUUCUCUCCAUCUUGCGUGCCCAUUCGCUCUUUUGACUUCACCUACGAGACUCUGGUCACGUCUCGCCGGAGCUUCAUCGAGAUACUCAAAGACGAGCCGUUGCAGUUCGAAAGAUGGGCCGCCCGCGGGCCCCUCGCGAUGCUUCCUGAGGUGAGGUUCGAUGAUUUUCGGAUCGGGUCUCAGUUCUGGGUUCUGAAACGGAGGCACGCGAAUGUUGUGGCGCGUGAUCGACGUGUAUGGGAGAAGUUUAACAGAACGUGUUUGUGGAAAGGCUCGUGUUUUCCUGAAGAAAAUUACUUUCCGACACUUCUUAACAUGAGGGACCCGCGUGGGUGUGUUCCCGCCACGCUCACUCACGUGGACUGGACCAUUAACGACGGAGGCCACCCGCGGAUGUACGAGGCAGAAGAAGUGGUGCCUGAGCUGAUCUUGCGGCUGAGGAACACUAGACCGAGAUACGGUGACGAUGGAAUCAACGGUUCGGAUUGGUCAGUGGUUGAGCGGAGUGAUCCGUUUCUUUUCGCUAGGAAGUUUUCUCCUGAAGCUCUUGGGCCUUUGAUGGGUAUGGCUAGAACUGUGUUGUUCAAUGACUCGGCCUGUGCUACGUGAAUGGUGCUCUGAUGCUAUUGUUGUAAAUGUAGAAGUAGUUUUAUAUUUGUUUAACAAAGUAGA